CUCGCUCGCGCGCCAUGGACCGCGACCGCGAUCGCGCGCGGAACCGCAGCGGGUUCGGCGGCGGCUACCCCCCGCGACAGGCCGGCGGCUCGAACGACGAACGUCGCGACCAGCCGGGAUGGCAACAAAACAACGCGGGACCCGACCGCGACCGCGACCGAUCCUCGCGCCCGUCCGCGUGGGGGCAGGGCCUCCGCGGCGUGAACGGGCCGACGUCGUCCGGCGCCGGAGCCAGCCACGGCGGGAGAGGAGGCGGGCAGGGGCCGUACCACAACCGCGGCCCGAACGCGGGCGGGACGGGGUGGGACCGGCCCUCAGGGAACGGCGGCGGCGCGCGGCCGAGCCUUCUCGCGUCGCAGCGCCCGAGGAUGGGCAUGGGCGGGAGCAAAUACGGAGCGAAUCCGACGACGGCGACGAUCGUACGGAAUCCGUCUUCGUACGGCCGCGCGGACUCGCGCGAUCGAUCGCCGCCGCGGUCGCUCGACCGCGUCGCGUCGGCGUCGGACGGCGGGCAAUGGAGGGGGGACGAGCGCGAGGAAGGGGAGGCGGGGGAGGUGAGGACGCGGCGCGACUCCCGCGGCGACUCCCGUUUCGGCGGCGGCGGCGGCGGUUGGGAUAAGCCGCAACCGCCCGCGCCCGCGCCCGCGCCCGCGCCCGCGGCGACGGCGACGCCCACAGAGGAGGGCGAGCUUCCGCCGGCGCCCGCGCCGGCGCCGAUCGCGCGCCAGGCGUCCGCGCCCGCGGCGACCGCGGCGACGCCCGAGGAAUCCCCCGCGCCCGCGAAGCGGAAAAAACUCGGCUGGGGGCAAGGCCUCGCGCGAGGGAAAUCGCUCCCCACGCCCCUCGCGGGCGCGGGCGCGGGCGGCGACGACCGCAUCCCGACGCCAUCGCUGGACGGCCAGCCGCCGCUGCCGUUCGGCCCGCCGCCCGGGUCGACGGGGGGCGGGCCGGGGCUGGACGGCGGUUCGUCGAAUCCGUACGACAUUUCCUCCUUUCGCGGCGACGCUAACCGAACGCCGCCGUUGCCGUCCGGCGCGCCGCCGCCGGACGCGCGCAAGCGCGAUCCUUUUAUCGCCGUGGACACCCCCGGAGGCGUCGUCUCCGCGCCGUCGCCGUGGGGGCACAGCGAGGACUCUCUCCCGGGCAGCGCCGGCGGGAGGGGCGUCGGCGGCGGGGGCGCGGUGGACCCGAUCGCGCGCGCCGCCGCCGCCAAGGCGGCCAAGGCCGAAGCCGCGGCUCGGAAAGAGAUGAUGCGCGACAUCGAGCUCAAGAAGGCGUCCAUACUCGAGAAGAUGGAGGAGACCGACGCCGCGAUCGGCGUCUUAGAGCGCGACAUCGCGGAGAGCGAGGAUAAGGGCGAGAACGACCGAGAACAAGUCGAGGCGCAGCGAACGCACGAAGACGCGAGGCUCCGAAGGGAGCUCGAGGGCGCGCGCGCUCGCGUCCAACACGCGGAGAAGGCGGCGACGCGCGCGGAGGCGCGCGCGGAAGAGCGCGAGAAGCACGCGGAGGAGAUCGCGAGCGGCGUCGCGCAGGAGAUGGACGACGACGAGCUCGCGAGGGCGGCGGAGGCGGCGGCGCGAGCGGUGCAGAGGAUGCUCGCCGGGCGCGAACCGAGGCACGCGCUCGUGAAGCGCGUUUGCGACCGCAACAAGUCGCUCGCGGCGAAGUCGCACUUGGGGUUGAAGACUACGUGCGGGCUGCCGCUGCCGCACGAGCACGAGCGCGUCGCCGUGGACGAGAUCGCGGCUCGGAACGUCGCGGCGGAGGCGGCGCCGGAGCGCGCCGCGAUUAAAGACGCCGUCGUCUCCGUGCUUCGACGACGCGGCGCGCACGUCGCGGACAAGGAGCUGACGCUCGCGGUGACGUACUUGAAACGCCGGGAGAUGUGGAAGAUGCGCGUCCUUCGCGCCGCGCACGCGAAGCUCGAGAAGGAGAAGAAGGAGCAGGGGUCUUCGAGCGGCCGCGGGAGAGGCGGUCGCGCGUCGAUGGCGGACACGUUCGGCACGGUGCGUUCGGAUUACGAACAGGAGCUGUUGAUCCGUCAGCUUCAGAACCGCGAGCGUUUGAAGACGCUCACGAAGCUUCCCGCGAUGGUGUUAGACCCGGAAGAGAAGCGGCUCGCGGUGUUUCGCACGAGGAACGCGCUCGUGGAGGACCCGUACGGGGAGAUGGAGCAGCUGAAGAAGGUUCGGCCGUGGACGCCCGAGGAGAAGAAAAUCUUCCACGAGAAGUUCGCGUCGUACGGGAAAAACUUCAAACGCAUCGCGACGUUCAUCGACGGCAGAACCACCGCGGACUGCGUCGUGUACUACUACCAGCGCCAGAAAACCGACGACGGGUUCCGCGGGCGAAGGAAAGCGCUCGCGAAGAAGCGAAGGGCGUACGCCGAGGCGCAGCGGAUGACGGGCGGCGCGUGGAAAGGACCGCACGCCGCGCAAGCCGUCGCCGCGCAAGCGCAGGCGGCGAAAGCCGCGGCCAAGGCGAAAGAGGAAGAAGAAGCCAGGCGAGGCGCGCUGGGCGUGGAGGCGAGGCAAGAGCGCGCCGCGCUCGCGGCGGCGGCGCGCGCGGAGAAGAAGGCUAAGGAGAAGAAGAAGGCGAAAGCCGCGAAAGCCGCCGCGGAGGCGGCGGCGGCGAACGAGUCCGAGGAGGAGGACGACUUGCCGAUCGCCGCGCCGAAGAAAAAGUCCAAGGGCGGCGGUUCCGGCGACAAGCUCGAGAGCGCCGACGACGCCGUCGCCGCGACCUCAGACGCGAAGGACGCGAAGGAGGAUAAAGCGGCGGAGAAGUGGACGUCGAAGGAGCGCGCUCGGUUUCUGGAAGAACUCCUCGAGCACGGGAGAGAUUUCAAAGCCGUCGCCGCGGCGUUGCCUUCCAAGUCCGCCACCGCGUGCAAGGCGUUCUUCGCGAAGCACAAGAAGUCGCUCGGGCUGGAGAAGAUCGUCGAGGAGCACGCGCGCAACGUCAAGGCGAAGAAGGAGAAGGAGGAGAAGGGCGACGUCGCCGCGGGCGAAGCCGCCGCCGCAGCCGCAGCCGCCGCAGCCGUCCCCGACGUUCCCGACAUGAAGACCGAGACGAAGCCGGAAGUCGCCGCGCCGCCGAGCGUUUCCGGCGCGGGCAACGGCGGGAAGAAGCGGAAGGCGGAGGACGCGGACGACGGCAAAGACGCGAAGGUUGCGAAAACGGAGGACGCGUAGACCACCGCGCGCAUACGAAGGUACUUUCUUCCGUACUUCAGUAUGAGAUAGCAGCGCAGCGCGACUACUGUAGAACUUAGAGUCGAUCGACGCAUAUAUGAAACUACCUUCGUAUACUCG